AUGCGCAUUCCGGACGUUGAUAAUUACAUCAGUGUCUGCGGUCUUCGUAACUACGAUUGCCGACCGAAUGGACGGUUUACUACAGAGAUGAUCUACAUACAUAGCAAACUGAUGAUAGUCGAUGACCGAAAACUGAUAAUCGGAUCGGCAAACCUCAAUGAUCGAAGUAUGCUGGGCGAUCGGGACAGCGAAUUAGCAGUGGUGGUUGAGGGCGAGGUGGGUGAGGAAAAAUGCGAAGUUAUUGCAGAUAUGAGGCGCCGUCUGAUGGCUGAGCACUUGGGGAUGCUCUCUGAUCGUGCUACGAUAUCCUGGGACCCCUCUAUCCUCUACCAACCCACAUCCGAUGCCUUCUUCCAUGGUGUCUGGCGGAAGACCGCGCUAUGCAAUAUGAACAUUUUUGAGGAGGUCUUUAAUUGUGUGCCGUCCAACAGCGCUCAGCAGUAUCCAAAGCGACCAACCCGAUUGCAGGGUAAACAGCCUAAGGGAAAAAGAGCCGCUGAUCUUCUUCGCAGGGUCAGAGGUCACCUAUGCGAGUACCCCGAGGACUAUCUGGCUGACGAGGACCUUACAUUUCCCCUACUAAGCGUUGAACAGUUCGCCUCUCUAGAACUUUGGACUUGA